GCUCCGUUUGGACGUUUUCGUCGCUGUUGCGGCGAAACGGUGAACAUUUUUUAUUUUCGUUUUUCUCGAAUUUUAUAUACGACCGCGCACGUCGUUUCCCUCAGUGAUUACUUUGCCGUACGUGGGUCUCGGGACACGCGAUUUUCGACAUAUAUACUCUCACAGUAUCGUCAGUAGUAGUGUGUGUGAUAUAGUGCGCCGAGCAACACGGUGCUCCACCGGGAAGGAUCUAUUGAUGAUCUAUGAUCGUUACAUAAACACACACGAGGAUUCAACGUGACAGAAUGCUGUUGCAAAUAGACUCCGCUUAACGCUUCACGGCAGCAUCCAAUGUAAAAGGCACGUCAAACGCGAGAGAAAACCACCCCCUUUUGCGGCGGUGAGAACCGAGUGUCGGCGCGAGAAACGAUGAACGAAUCGGAACGAGACGGGAACGCAGCGGCGCGAUAAUAAUAAUAUGUGGACAACGCGGCCGCGGACCAGACGAAAGUGGCGACAAUCGUCGACCCCGUUGUGCGGCGAGCAACGUGACAAUCGGCGGAAUCGCCGUCGGUACGGCUUCCGCAUCAUCUGCUCGGUGAUACUGGCGGCCUGCAUGGCGACGCAGGGUGCGAGGGGCGCCAAAUGUCCGCCACCGGACACAAUACCCGGCUGUCCGUGUUACAACUUCGAGAACGGCGGUCUGUUCCUGGAGUGCGCAGGUGCCACCGAGGAGUCCCUCAGGAACGCUUUGUCCGGCGUGAUACAUGCCGCCGGCGGAGAAGAGGCGCUCGUCCAAUCACUGAGCGUGUACGAACUGGAUCGAAAAGUGGAGGAACUUCGAUCCGCCGCUUUCCCGGCGGGCUCGCAAAUUAGGCAUCUGCAAAUAUCGCAUUCCGCGAUUCGCGAAAUAAGCGAAGAUGCUUUUGCGCGGUUAAACAAAAGCCUGGAAUCUCUGGCGCUCGUAUCCGGCCGACUACUUCACGUACCUCAAAAGGCAAUGGCCAACCUGCGCCUACUCAAAGCGCUCGACCUGGAGUCCAACCUCGUUUACGAUUUACCGAGCUAUAGUUUCUACGGUCUCUCGUUAAUUAAACUGAACCUGAAGGGUAAUCAAAUCACGAAAAUUUCCGAGUACGCCUUUGCCGGGCUCGAGGGCACUUUAAAGGAUUUGGAUCUGGCCGAGAACAAGAUCCGGGUAUUCCCCAUGACGUCCUUGAGAAGAUUAGAGCAUCUCACAUCGCUGAGGCUCGCCUGGAACGAGGUAUCUCAACUCCCGGAGGACGGCUAUUCCAGGCUGGACGCCUUAAACUUUCUCGAUCUAAGUAGCAACAAUUUCAAGGACAUUCCGCUCAAUUGCUUUCGCUGCUGUCCGUCCCUAAAGACCCUCUCUCUUUAUCACAACGCGGUCGAGAUGGUCGACAAGGAUGCCUUUAUAUCGCUGAUCGAUCUCGAAUCGAUAGACCUCAGCCACAACAAGAUCGUUUUUCUUGAUGUGGCCACCUUUCGUGCCAAUCAAAAGCUCAGGUCGAUCGAUCUCAGCCACAAUCAUAUACACUAUAUUCGGGGCGUGUUUUCCCGGCUGCCCGAGCUGAAGGAGCUCUUUCUGGCGGAAAAUAACAUUCUCGAGAUACCGGCGGAGACGUUCGCCGGCAGCACGAGUCUCUCGGUCGUGUAUCUACAACAGAACGCCAUCAGAAGAAUUGACGCGCGCGGUCUCGCGACGCUCGGUCAAUUAGCGCAGCUAUAUCUAAGCGGAAAUUAUAUCGAGAAAGUGCCGCGCGACUUUCUCGAGCACUGCGAGAAUUUAUUGACGCUCUCUCUGGAUGGCAAUAACAUACGCGAACUCGAAGUCGGCACGUUUGCAAAGGUGAAACAGCUGCGUGAGCUUCGGCUGCAGGACAAUCAGAUCACCGAGGUGAAACGCGGCGUGUUCGCGCCGUUGCCGUCGCUGUUGGAGCUGCAUUUGCAAAACAACGCCAUUACGGACAUGGAAACCGGCGCGCUGCGAUCUCUGCACAGUCUGCAGCAUGUGAAUCUGCAGGGUAAUCUUCUCGCUGUGCUCGGCGACGUGUUUCAAGUGUCGAAUGACGUCGGACAGAACGAAAACAGCGGUAGCUCUCUGAUCUCCAUUCAGCUGGACAACAAUGGCCUGGGCGUCUUGCACAAUGACUCAUUAAGAGGCCAAGCCUCGGUCAGAAUCAUGUGGCUCGGACACAAUAGACUGACGCGUCUUCAAGCUCCAUUGUUCCGGGACCUGUUGCUGGUCGAACGCUUGUAUCUCACAAAUAAUUCCAUUUCGCGAAUAGAGGACGCCGCUUUUAAACCCAUGCAGGCACUUAAGUUCCUCGAGCUUAGCAUGAAUCGGCUGAGUCACGUGACCGUGAAGACUUUCUCGGAGCUGCACGAACUCGAGGAACUUUAUCUGCAGGAUAACGGUUUGCGCCACUUGGAGCCCUACGCUCUAACGGCGCUCAAAAGACUUCGCGUUCUCGACCUGGCUAACAAUCACUUGAACGUGCUGCACGACAAGAUUUUCCAAGAGGGAUUACCAAUUAGAACGCUCAACCUAAAGAAUUGCACCGUACGAGUGAUCGAGAACGGUGCGUUUCGCGGACUGAACAAUCUUUACGAACUCAAUCUCGAGCACAAUCAUUUCACUGCCAUUGCGUUGGAUCGUCUGGAUAUACCGGGAUUGCGAGUUCUGAGAAUAUCCUACAAUAACUUCAGUCAGAUUAACGCAAACUCUCUAGACGGCUUGCCGUCUCUUCAACACCUGGCGAUGGAUUCGUCGCAAAUCCAUCAAAUGCCGGCCGAGAUAUUCUCAAAGAACAAGAAUCUCGGGAAGCUGUUGCUCAGCGGCAAUUCGCUCGUUUCGCUGCCGGCGACGUUGUUUCUAGGUCUGGACGCGCUCAAGGAGGUUAAGCUCGACGGCAACAGGUUCCAGGAAAUCCCGUAUGACGUGUUCGCGAACGCCAGCACGGUAGAGUUUCUCUCUCUGGCCAACAACGAGCUGCCUAAAGUAGAUAUGUCGCGGUUAAGCGGAUUAACUAGUCUGCGCGAACUCGAUCUACGCGGCAACCACAUCAAGUCCCUAAACGGCUUCGCCGUCGUGAACUUUUCCCGUCUGAUAUCCGUGGAUCUGAGCCACAAUCACUUAACGGCGCUGCCAGCGAACUUCUUCGCUCGGUCGAAUAUGCUACGGAAGAUCGAGCUGGCAGCCAACAAGUUCCGACAAAUACCGGCUAUGGCGCUCGCCGGUCAAAAUAUACCCGGUCUAACGUGGCUGAACAUCACGGCUAAUCCUCUCGUGAGGAUACACGAGAUCAUCUCGGAAGCCAAGUAUCCGGCUCUGCAGGAAAUUCACAUCUCCUGGACGAACUUGUCGAUAGUCACCAGUCAGGAUUUCGAGGCGUUUCCCGCGUUGAUGCAUCUUUUUAUAAGCAACAACAGGAUAGCGAGGGUGUCGCCCAGUGCGUUUCGAAGUCUUCCGAAUCUGUUGACGUUGGAUCUCAGCGUGAACGAGCUGGAGCUGUUGCCGCAAGAGAGACUGAAAGGCUUGGUGCACCUCAGGCUGCUAAAUCUCACGCACAACCGUUUGAAAGAGCUCGAGGACUUCCCGCCUGACCUGAAGGCUUUGCAAGUGCUCGAUCUUUCGUACAAUCAGAUAAGCGGAGUGGGAAAGAGCAUGUUUCAGCAUCUGGAGAAUCUGGCCGAGCUGCAUCUCUACGGGAACGGGAUAUCGUCGAUCUCGCCGGACGCGUUCAAGCCACUGAAAAAGCUCAGGAUUUUAGAUCUAAGUAGAAACUCCUUAGCGAACUUGCCACUGAAUGCCUUUCGACCUCUCGAAACGCAAAUACGGAGCUUACGCGCCGAGGAAAAUCCACUUCACUGCGACUGCGAGUCUCAGGAGCUCUGGGAGUGGCUGCGCGAUCAUCAGAAACUGGUCGGCGGCGGGAUGAGUCGUAAUCGCGGGGGCGGACUGAGGCUCAACGACAUGGACAGCGGGCUGUUGAGAUGCGAACAACCGCCGGAAUUGCGGGGACUGGUGUUCCUGGAUCUGGACCCGCACGCCUUCUGCACCGCGCCCUUGAUUCUGAAACUGGCGAUUCAGGACAUUCAGCCGUUCUCCGUUCUGGUAUCGUGGCAGAGCAGAAAUCACUCCGGUCUGCGCGGCUACCAGGUUGCCUAUCAUGUCAUCGAUAACGUCGACCAGAUACGUGCCAAAAUACUCGAGCCUGGCGCGCGCUCGGUGAAAUUGCAGAAACUGUCGUCGACCACGCGCUACAAGAUCUGCGUGUUCGGCAUCGGUAACUGGCUGUCGUCGUCGCAAAUGGACGACGUGAACGGACCGAUGGAGCAGCUCAACUUCACGCAGGUCGAGAUACUCGCGUCCACGCCGCACUCGCAGAUGACGGACUCGACGACCAGCCGUUGCACCGAGGUGAAGACGCUGGACGCGCCGGACGCGAUCGUCAGCAGCGACGGCUCGGCCAUGGGCGACGUCGGCAGCGUGAGCAACUUUCUCACGAGACGGCUGGGCCUGAUAGUCGGCUGCUGCAUGGGCUUCGUCGUGUUCCUGCUGCUGGUGUCCAUUCUGGGUUAUCUCAAGAUCAAGAAGCAGCGCGAAGCGGCGAAGAGGGAGCAGCAGCCGAUACCGCCGGAGUACAUCUCGUACAGACACUUCAGCAUACAGAGCGGCGAGGCCGGACACACCGCCGCCAAGCAGACGGCCGUGCAGGACGGCCAGCACACGAACUUCAUCAACAACACCACGCUGAACGUAUGAGAAAAGUCGCGGAACUCCCGACUCGUGGAGGUUUCGAACGUGUGAUCGGGCUCGAAAAUAAAAAAACAAAAAACCGAUUUUUUUCUGGUCGAUUGUUCGAGCGUGUUAGCCAAGUUCGAAAGACUCCCGAAUCGCGGGAGUUUCGUGUUUACGCGUUAAAGAGAAACUCAAAACGGACCGUUCCGUCGAAUUUUUGUCGCGACGACUGUCUUGCAAAAUUGAAGGGCAGCCGCAAUUAGCAGUGUUGUGCAUUCUAGUGAUAUAUAUAUAUAUAUAUCACUUAUAUAUAUAUAUAUAUACGCGGAGCAGUACUGUAAUGAGACUCGGUGAGAGAUCGUUCGAGAGAAGAACGUUCCGCAAUUGUUCUCGAAAAGCACCCAGCAGAAGUGGUCGUGCCCCAAGACCGAUCGCGAAUCAAGUUAGCAGCAACGAAGACUCGAAGUGAGUUUCAAAGUGAGAGUGAGUAUGUAUGUGAGAAGUGUGUGCGGUUGUGUGUGUGCGAAUGGGAUCUUUAUCAAGUAACAAAGCAUUUUAUAAAAGGAUUUUCUACGAGUCUGAAUGUGUUUGUUGUUGUAUUUUUUCUUUUUGUUCAAAGUAGCUUUAAUCUCACGACAAGGUGUCACGGCCGAGGAAACGAAAACGAUCAAACGGACGAUCGCGUAAGAGAAACUGUACAGAAAUUGGUUUCGGUAGUACACACACGGAGCUCCGAUGUGUGUGACAAAUCACACACUGUGCACACUCUCGUAUGCUCUAAAAAAUCUUAUAGGUUUUGAAUAAGACGAGAUUCACAUGUAUCGUAGUGUUCUCUUUCUCUAGACUUCCGUAUCGAGAAUACAAAACUACGAUGAAUUCAGCCGCGCGCUGAUCGGAGUUUUGCUUUAAAUUUCGAUUUAUUUAUUGAAAAAUCGGGAUUUUCAAAGUGCCGGUAAUACAUAUAUAGAAGUGCGUCAAAAUCGAUAAAACGUUGAAAGAGCUGCGCGCAACGUAGAAAAAUAUAUAAAAUAUAUGUAUCAAAUAGAUACAUUGGUGGGAGCUCUAUCGCGAAUAUAUGAAAGACGAAUGCUGUUUUAUUCGCGAGAAAUCGGUCGAAUUUUUACAGCGACUGCAGCGAAGCAGCGCGGCGUGCAACGCGAGGUGGAGGAAAAGCUCUCCCUUCGCAUCUUUGUAGAAUAAUGCUCUGUCUUCUUCAAGAAAUAUGAAAUUUUGAAGAGUGUAUGAAGCACGAUUUGGAGAGUCACGCGCGCGCGCGUCUCUACCGUAGGAUGUCGGGGGAUAUCGAAUUUUCGUGUUUUCGUGUUAUACGACGUGGCAUUUGCCGAGCGAUUUACGACUAAACACCGCUGCUAUUACAUAUCAUCCAGUCGUCGUUCUCGGAUGAAAUCGGACGAGAUCGACGGACUGGCGUGUGAAGUGGCUAUUGUGUUUUCUUAAUGGCUCGGCAAACCGCGCGGUUUAGAACGUCACCCCGCGCCGAUCUCGCAAAAUGGGCAUGCCCAUUUUGCGGUAAACGCCCCGCGACGACGGGUGCCAUCAAUUUCCGAUUGGGCCGCGCGGAUCAUCAAGAAGACGGGACGGAAAAAAAAUUGCUCAUCCCUGCGAGCGAUCGAUCGCGCGACUUCAGGAUUCUCCAGCGGUGAGAGACAGCGAGGGGCGGGAAUGUAUAAAAAUGAAAUGUAAAUUUAUAGAGCAAGAAAAUUUUCUUACUCUCCCGGAUUAGCAUUCCGGCGCGAAACAAAUUUUAUUAUAAUGAAAUUACGUGUUUGAAUUAUAUAUAAUCACAAAUGAGAGGGAAUUUUCUUGAUACUUUUUUAAUAUUCGGAAUUAUCAAUAUUUAACUUCUGUGCAAAAAAAUGUCAAGUAUUUAAAUAUUUUACUAUCUGCAAAAAAUAAUAUCGCGUUAAAAACUAAUACGAAAUUACGUAUAAAAGUUCUGUUUUAGAAUAGAAAGAGGAGAGAAUAGAAAAGCAGAGAUAAUAGAAAAGCAGAGAUAAUAGAAAAAAAUUGAGAAUACAAAAAGUGUUAUAUUUUUGUUACAGAAAACAGUGUUACAUUUCUUUUUUCUUUUUUUUUUUUUACAGAAAAAAGAACAAGUGUUAUAUUUCGUUGCAAAAAAUAUGUGCGUGCAUGUAGGUAUGAAUGCCAGCCGUUGGAGAAUCCGCGGUUAAGACGAUAUUCCAUAUGAAUGAAGAUUUUUAGAAUUUAUAAAUAUAAAACUAAAGUGUGUGUGCGCGCGAUCGUGUAUAUACGGAUAUGUAUGCAUCGCAAAAACUAUGUAUUUCUGUGGUUAAUAAGAAUGUCGAGAUCAUUAUCGUAAAAAUUCUGAUGAACUCUUAAAAAAAAAAAAAAAAAAAAA